AUGACCAAUUAUCGUACGGAAUUACGUAUACCUGUUGAACGUAAUAAAAAAUCCGUCAUUCAUGAUGAUUACUUGAAAAAUUUUAGUAUUUUUGACAACGAUACAACAUUUCCAUCAGACGACAAAUGGAAAUAUAAUUUCACCAGUAAUAAUAAUAAUAAUACCAAUAAAUUUGACUGGGAUUCACGUAAUCGUCACACAUCCGGUAGUCAUGACCACUUCUCUCAUCAAAUCCCAUGGCAUAAACGUUUUCGUACAAUCUCAUCUAGUCCAAUGCGAUUCGCAGAGACAACGGACUACCUCUACGAUGAUAUGAAGCGUAGAAUGGAGGAAAGACGAAGACGAUGGAAUGAAGAAUUCCGAUUAAUGCACAAUGAUAUGCUAUUACCUAGUCGAUUAUCUAGUUCCAGUGAUUUAUUUGGCAGUCGCGAUGUAAUGAAUUCAUCAGCCAGUUCACGAGAUACAUUAACGACAACAGCAGCGACAGCAACAACAAAGACAAGUGGUUAUGAACAAUUUCAAGAUGGCAGUGUACAUUUUGUAGCGAAUUUUAAUCUAUCAGAUUAUGAUCCUGAAUUAGUAAAAGUAUUUGUACGUGAUGGUCAGCUAGUGGUAACAGCUAAAACAGACAGAAGUCAUUCCACGCAUAGCUUGAAUGCAAUGAACAAUCAUAAUAAUAGUAACAACGGUUCCACAUCAUCUCUUCGUGAAUAUUCACGUUCUGUCAAUUUACCUCCAGGUGUAGAUGAUGAGAAAAUCUCUGCUUUAUUAUCCCUGAAUGGUAUCCUGACUGUUAGUUGUCCUAUGAAACCACCGCCUUUUUCAUCGUCAGUAGAUGGACGAUCCUCUGUUACUAAUUCAGAAGUAUCGUCCGAUCGAUUUUGGAAUGAUAAUAACAAUAAUAAUAAUCAUAAUAAUAAUAAUAACAACUCACCUCGUCAAUAUCAUUCACCAAGAAAGUUAUCACAACAACUUUUGAACACCUUUGAAUUAAAAUCACCAAAAUUGAGCCAUUCAACACGUUCGAUCCAUUCAGAUUAUGAUAUUAAUUUACACAGUCAUGAUCGCGAUCAUCAUCAUCAUCACCACCUGAACGACACUCAACGAACCUAUGUCAACAACAAUGAUCUACAUCGUCCUGCGUAUCAAUCACCAAGAAAACGUCGAUUCUGUUUAGAACUGCCUAUUGAUUCCGAGUAUUCACCAUCGGAAAUACAAAUUAAAACGUUAAAUCGUCGUAUUUAUGUGAAAGCACGUCAUGAAGAACGUGGAUUAAAUCGUACAGCUGUAAGAGAAUUUUCUAAAGAAUAUGAUAUACCCGAUCAUGUUGAUCCUGAGAGUCUUACAGCGAAAUUUAGUAAUGGUAUAUUAUAUAUUGAAGAACCGCUUAUAUAA